GUCAUUUUGGCUUGCGAUUCUGCUUUUGAUCCUUGGCUGUUACAGUUUUAAGGCUCUAAGUGAGAAACAAGUGCGGGAAAUGCUGAAUCUAGAGCGCAAUCUCCUGCAGAAUAUGCGUGACUAUGCCGAAAAGCUGGAGGAGAAGAUCGACCUUAUAAACAAUUAUGUGGAAGAUUAUAACGUCGACAUAGAAGAUGCCAACGAGGAUCCGGAGAAGUACCUCUCCAAUCCGCUGAACUCCUUCCGAUUGAUUAGACAUAUGCACCAGGAUUGGGUCGGCUGGCAGGUGUACAUGGAGGAUCUGGUCGCACCCGAGGCGGUGCAGAAGGUGGAGAGCCUACUGCCGCAGCUUCCUCAGAAGGAAGCCUUCAGGAAAGCGGCCAGGAGUGUGCAUAGCUUGACCCAGUUUUACGGCUACGAGCCCGCGGAUCUGGUUGCCAAAGAUGAACGAAGCAGUUCCUUGCAUCUUUCACCUUUGGACUGCUAUCACUUGGGACUGGAGCUCUACGAGGAGCAGGACUAUCUGGGUGCAGCCAAGUGGCUACAAGUGGCUGCCCAUAACUACACCCUCUCGAGGCACAGAGAUUUGUUCAAUCCACUGGGCGCACCACGCUGGCAGGUCUAUCGAGAUCUGGGCAGGACCCUACUUAAACUGAAUCGACAGUGCGCAUAUGAUGCCUACGAAUCAGCACUUCGAUUGAAUUCCCAAAACGUGCAUCUCAUGAAGGAAGCUGGACAGAUGGAGCUAUUCAGCCUAAGGGAUCCCAUGGAACCCAUACUGGAUCUUCAGCCAAAACCGACCGUUCUGGAAAAAUAUUGUCGAGGCGAAGUUCCGCGACAUCAGGGUCGUCUGACGUGCGAGCUUAAUGACUGGGUCCAUUCGUUCCUUGCCUACGCACCCAUUAAGUUUGAGGACCUGCAACAGGACCCUUUUAUUAUCCUCUAUCCAGGAAGUAUUUACGAACAGGAAAUUAGGCAUGUGGAGAACGCAUACGAGCGGUGUCCACCCAACGAUCGCUUCGAGCUUAAGCUCGGAAUUAGUGGGUGUUCCAUCUCCGACGGAUAUAGUCCUGUGUUGAAACGCAUCAACGAGCGGAUUUUGGACAUGGCAGGAGUAGAAAAGACUUGGGACACCUUCUACAUAGUCGAGUACGCUCAGUUGGCCCCUUUUGAGCCGUUCAAACUGUUUAGAAACUCCACAAAGUUCCCAAAGCUGAACCUUAUGAAUUUCGAGGAUGUGGAGGCCAAAGUGAUAAUAUUCCUAAAAGAUGUGACUUUGGGCGGUGCCUUUACCAUGCCAAAUGGGGAUAUUCUUGUUCAACCCAAGAGGGGCAAUGUAUUGAUAACCUUCGAAAAUGAGGAGCACUCCACUACGAUUUGCCCCAUCAUCGAGGGCACUGGAUUAGUCAUGAUCAAAUUUAUUAUGAAAACAGACGAGUAAGACCACCUGGUGUUUCUAUAUAGAGCUAAAACGUUAAAUAAAUUGAACUAAUUUU